AUGGAGGGCAUGAAACAAGAAAGGGGACAACUGGGGGGGAAUCAGGAAGAGGAAGAAAGGGAUGACUUCCACAGUGUAUACAAACGAGUGGUAGUAAAAAAUAAAAAUCUAAAUGGAGAGACAACCCUUAACAAGAAUUUUGCAGACAUGUUGGAAAUAAGCAGGAUUAGUGAUUACAACGUCGUGAUGAAAUAUGAGUACCUCCUUAAGUUAUGUUUUUUCAGUAGCAACGUGAACGUAUUGAAUGUAUAUCGACUAGUGAAAGCAGAAAGUGAGAAACGAUUUGAUGAAGUCGCAGCCCGUUUGAGGAGUAACAUCCUUCUUAGUAUAAUGGACACGAACAAAAUAAACGAUAAAUGUGAGCAUGUUGGUGAAUACUUUACAAAAAAUUAUGAAGAACUAAAAGAACUGGAAUACGUUAUUGGGAACACAGAUUAUCCACUAGGAUUUGAAAAAAACACCAAUGGAGGUUUUCGCGUUUACCUAUUUAAGAUAAUACCAAACAAAACACUCUUAUUAAAUAAAAAUAAUAUUAGUUACAUGAGAAAGGGAGAAAUGCCAAGUAAUUACGACUCAGUUGCGGUGGAUAGAGAUUUGUUCUAUGAGGAAUUGGGUUCAUCGGUGCAGAAGCAAGGGGGGGAAGUAGGGAAUGAAUUGCAGGGAGGAGGAAAAAUGACAGGCACAUCAACAAGCAUAAGAAGGGGAGGAACUAACUAUAGCUACAUAUAUAAAGUAAAAUAUGCCGAACAGGUACUUCCUCUAUUUCUAAUCGAGUUUGAAUUCAAAUGCCUCCGGGUAGAUAUCAGCGUGCCAAUAUGUGAAUACUGCUACACGGCUAAUGCCAUUUAUUACUGUCAUAACGAUAAGGUGCAUUUAUGCAACAUAUGUGAUAUAAAGCAUCAUGAGAAGAAUAAAAUUUUGAAGAACCAUAGGAGGAUGCCAAUAUCAGAGUCUCCAUACCAAUUUGGGAAAUGUGCAUACCAUCCGAAUGAGGUGGUGGAAAGUGUUUGCAUGAAAUGUUAUUGUAGUUUAUGUGCGAAUUGUCUUCUGAUAGGUAGUCACUCCAAGGGAAAUUAUCGUAAUCACCCUAUUGUGAAUAUAAAAGAUGCCUUCAUUUUGUCCAAUCAGAAAAAAUCACUGAGUGAUAUAAAUUUGGAAAAUAGGAAAAUGAGGAUACUCCAUUUGUUGAAAAAAAAACACAAACGUCUGGCAGAGAUAUAUUCCAACUAUACUUCUUUGCAAAAGCGAAUCGAUACGUUGUAUAAGUAUAUCAUUGAUGAGUUAAAAAUUUUAAAAAAAAAAAAAAUGCAAUACAUUAUGGCCUUAAAAAGGGCUCUUCUAUGUCAACUACUGACCAUCGAAUGGACAGAAGCCUUUUUUUAUCAUACAAAAUUGUCAUUAAAUUUAUCAAAUUUUAUUUUAUACCAGAAAAAGCAUGAAUUGGCUGUGCAAUUUUUAAUAGCCAAAAAGGGAAAGGAUUCAGAUUUCAUGAAAAAUGCACCACAUUGGCUUUUCCAGAAAAUUUACGUGCAGUCAAAUUUGUGCAUUUAUGAAGAUAGCUUUUUUAAACUUAACUUUGUUAGUCCUAAGGAUAUCGACGAAGGGAUGACCAAUGGUGAGCUAAACAGGAAGCGUUGCGUUUUGAAGGGAAGUCGUAACAAAUUGGAGGAAAUGUACAAUUUUAACGAGGCCUUUAAUGACAAGAAGGGAUACUUGGGGUUGUAUGACGAGACAGCCUUCGAUGGGGGGGCCAAUGGGGAUGGUAACGCUCAUCAGCCGAGCGUUAAGUACUCCUCUGCGCAGGGUGCAGAAGUCGAACAGUCACCUCAGGAAGAGGCGAAUGUUGAUUUCUCCGACAUAAUGGAACCGAUAAGAACAACCAAAUUGAGCUACAAGGAUAUUCAGAGCGUUGUCACGUUAAGGAAGGAGUAUGACCAUUCCAUGUACCAUGUGUCUGAAGAGAAACCAACCAACUGCAAUUUGUUAGUGGAAAUUUUUAGAGACACAAGGGAGGUGAAUAUACACAGACAAGGAAGGAUCCCCUUGAAGCAGUCGCACAUUUGCAGAGAGCUGUGGAGGCAUCUCGUUAAUUAUAAAUAUAUAAAUGUGAUUCAUAUACUGAAAGCGAGGUGUAGCUUAAACACACUCCUUCUGACACACUCCUUUUUCAACGUGGCGUCGUAUUAUGACAGUUUGGAAGAUCUAGUGAAGCACAUAAUAAAGCACGAAAUUUAUACACUCUUCAACAAAAAUAUCGACUACCAUACGAAGAUGAAGGUCACCCAUGUUUUGGAUAGCGUUGCGACUUUGUUAUGUCUUCGAAGGUUUGUGCUCGCACCUUGGGUUGAUAAAUAUAUCGAGCUGUGCUGUGCACAUAUUGAAAAUGAAGAAAAGGGGGUAUCUUCCACAAAGGGAAAUAUUAGAGAUGAGAAAAAUACUGAAGUGAGAGAUGAACAUACCACAUCGGUUCAUUCACCAAAUGAGCAGGUAAAGGGUACCAAUCUGAUUAGUAAAAGUGAUCUUGAUGAUGUAGUAAAAGGGGAUAAGCAUGGCUACGAUCAAUUUAGUACAGGAAUGGAAAAGGAGGAGUUACCAACAAACAAGGGAAAUAACACCGCGGUAGGUGACGAAACCUUGUUGGAAGAGGAUAAUACGAUUAUGGAGGAUAUGAACACAAAGAAGGAUGAACACCACAUGAUGGGCACACGCGGAUAUGAUGACAUGGCAGAUGUGUGUUUAACUGAAGAUGAGAAGGAAGAACUAUCCACCCUGAAAAAAAUAAAAGAACACAUAUAUGUAUAUUUAGAAAUGCUGAUCAACGAUUUGGUGAAAAUCCCCCACAAGGAUCUAAACGAUGGUGUGCGAUUUAUGUUUUAUCAUAUCCAUGACGAAAUAGACGGCAAAAAUAAAAAUUUAGCAAUGAAUGAAAAGAAGUUCAGUAUACACACCUUGUGUUUAUGUUUGGAUAUAUUUUUGAACUCGGUCUUGUAUCCUUAUAUUUUUUAUGUCCAUGAGGAGAACUUUAAUAAUCAAGGGAAGUGUACCAUGCGGAAGGACUCUGCUCUUCACCAAAAAGUGGCAGUUAUAUUUGGCCAAACGCUCAGAGAAAUUUCGAUAUAUGUUUUCCAGAUUUACAAUUUAGGGAUGUAUGACAGGAAUUUGAAAACCUUCAUAAAUAACAUAAAGGAUAAUAAGAUGCUUCGGGGCAGAGCCACGAACGAGAAGAUGUUCUUCCUUGACGUGUCGCAGAAGCUCUUCCAAUGGAUAAUAAAGAAUUUGGAGUCUCCCAGGUACUACGCCCCCGUGAGGUGGAACUCCCGUGAAGAGGUGGAAAAAAGCUACCAGCGGAUCGUCCAGGAAAUAGUUCACAUAGACCAGUCGUCGACGAAAAAUUGUGUAAACGAGAAUGUUGAUUAUAAUACCUUAUUCAGCACUGCGAAUUUUAAGGAGAUUCUGUCUCUCUGCUACUCCAUGCACGAUGUCGGCACGUGA